UUCACAACGCGCUCGAGAUUACGUGCCUUUUGCUGAAAAUUGUAAACAAAACUGCGAUCGCUCAAUGUGAUGAAACUGACAGCAUCCGCUGUCACCGGGAAGGUGCUGUCAAAGGUAAAGUGACAGGCACCGGACAAUUGCAGUUCAGUGGCUGCUGUCGGCUGUCAGGAGCUGUCAACGAGCAGCAACUUCCGUUCUUUUUGAUCGUGAAGUGUAACCAUGGCGGUCGGCAAAAAUAAGGGUGUCUCUAAAGGAGGCAAGAAAGGCUCGAAAAAGAAGGUUGUGGAUCCGUUCACGCGCAAGGACUGGUACGAUGUGAAGGCCCCGAACAUGUUCAAGAACCGCCAGGUCGGCAAAACCCUGGUAAACCGUACCCAGGGCACGCGCAUCGCUUCCGACGGUCUGAAGGGCCGCGUGUUUGAGGUGUCGCUGGCCGAUCUGCAGAACGAGCCCGAUGCGGAGAGAUCUUUCCGCAAGUUCAAGCUGGUGGCGGAAAGCGUCAAUGGCCGCGACGUUCUUACCAACUUCCACGGUAUGGACCUGACGACCGACAAGCUCCGAUCCAUGGUGAAGAAAUGGCAAACCCUGAUCGAGUGCUCGGUCGACGUUAAGACCACCGACGGUUUCAUGCUGCGCGUGUUCUGCAUCGGAUUCACCAUUAAGGAUUCGAUGUCCCAGCGCAAGACCUGCUACGCGCAACACUCGCAGAUCAAAAACAUCCGCGCCAAGAUGACGGCAAUCAUCCGCCGUGAGAUCACCAGCACCGAUCUGAAGGGUGUCGUCGAGAAGCUGCUGCCCGACUCGAUUGCCAAGGAUAUCGAGAAGGCGUGCCAGGUCGUGUACCCGCUGCACGAUGUCUACAUCCGCAAGGUGAAGGUGCUGAAGAAGCCGCGAUUCGAUCUGGCUAGUUUGAUGGAGCUGCACGGUGAUGGUGGUGGCAAGGCUGCGGAAGUGUCGACCGGUGCUGCUUCCGGUGUCGUCGUGGACCGCCCAGAAGGCUACGAACCACCAGUACAGACGUCCGUUUAAGCAUCAUCUGUCGCGAUGGUUUGAGGGUUGCGGUCGCGUGGUCGUGAAAGAUGCCAGCACGCCAUCCGUCUGCUGGACGUGACGGUGUGGUUUGGCUCGUAUAAAGCAGUAAAAUUUCCAACAAGAGAGCUGGUGGGCAGGAAUUAAGAGAGAGAGGAAGAACCAUAAUACAACAUCCGAGAGCGUUGUGUACACACAGGA